AAGCCCUCUCGCUGUCUUGAAUUUUGUAACCAGAAGUGGUAUUGCGGUGUAGUUAACCAAGUAAUCUCUGCUCACGUGUUGACAGAAGUGGGAUCCUGCUCCAUCAAACUAGCGGUGUGACAGCAUAAAGAGAUAUGACAACUUUGAUGAAAGACUGAAGAUGUGAAGCUCGUGUGAAAGAACUGAGAUGUGAUGAAUCAUCUUCAGCAGUGAUUGAUAAACGAAAUCCAGAUUUCCAACGUUUUCUGCUCUGCAGAGGAAGACUCUGGUUUUGUCUCCAAAUCCACGGCCUUUCAGAAGGCUUACAAUGUCGCUGCCGGCAAAGAGAUGUGGAAGGCCGCCUGUCUUGUCUUUUCUGGAAAAGAAAAAGAGAAAACAAAGCCUUGAUAGGAGAAGGGGGAAAACGAGGAUUUAUGUGGGGAGUCAUAUUGACCGCUGGUUGACACUUAAAGAAAAGCUGGAUUUCAGAAAUGAUGCAGAAGUGGCGGGGUUUUUACUGGAUUUGUAUGACAGCUAUGACCCAUUGUCAAAAGCUCCGAUCCGUUCCCUUCCCCAGGGCGUGAGAAGACUUACUGUGAAAGAGGAGCAAGUGUUGUCAGGCAGCACUUCUUUAAUAGCAGCUGACGGAACGUAUGACAAUGAUGACCAGUUGUCUAAAGAAUCUGCUUGUUCUGCACUCGGAGAUGUGAGAAUUGUAACUGUGAAAGAAGAGAGAGAGAUGCCGCAUGGCUGCUUGUCAACAGAGACAGAUGACACCUGUACUUUCAGGUUUCCCAGCACAAACAUCAAGAUAACAUUCACAGCUCUGUCCAAUGAAAAGAGAGAAAAACAGGAGGCCCCGGAGUCCCCAGUGAAGCCUGUGCAACCCCAGAUCUCUCCCUUAACAAUAAACAUUCCAGACAACAUGGCUCACCUGAUCAGCCCGCUCCCUUCUCCCACAGGAACUAUCAGUGCUGCAAAUUCCUGCCCAUCUAGCCCCCGUGGUGCAGGCUCUUCAGGGUACAAAAUGAGUCGUGUAAUACCAUCUGACCUACAUUUAAUGGCUGACAACUCACAGUCAGAAAAUGACAAGGAAGCAUCGGGUGGAGAUAGCCCAAAGGACGACUCUAAGCCACCUUAUUCCUAUGCACAGUUAAUAGUACAAGCAAUUACAAUGGCACCUGAUAAGCAGCUUACACUAAAUGGAAUUUAUACGCACAUAACUAAAAAUUAUCCAUACUACAGGACAGCAGACAAGGGCUGGCAGAAUUCAAUACGUCACAAUCUCUCUCUGAAUCGUUAUUUCAUCAAAGUACCACGUUCCCAGGAAGAACCAGGCAAAGGCUCAUUCUGGAGGAUAGACCCUGCCUCUGAAAGCAAAUUAAUAGAGCAGGCUUUUAGGAAAAGGCGGCCUAGGGGAGUACCUUGCUUUAGAACCCCUCUGGGACCACUCUCUUCUAGAAGUGCCCCAGCUUCUCCUAAUCACUCUGGAGUGCUGUCUGCGCACUCCAGUGGAGUCCAGACCCCCGAGAGUCUGUCCAGGGAAGGAUCUCCAGUCCCAAUGGAACCUGAGCCUAGUGCUAUCCAGCCCAAACUAGCGGUAAUACAAGAAGCGCGAUUUGCACAGAGUGCCCCAGGAUCACCUCUAUCUAGCCAACCAGUUUUAAUUACUGUACAACGGCAGCUACCACAAACUAUUAAACCCGUCACCUACACUGUUGCAACUCCUGUGACAACAUCGACAUCCCAGCAGCCUGUAGUUCAGACAGUUCAUGUUGUCCACCAGAUACCAGCUGUGUCUGUCACAAAUGUGACUGGAUUAGCACCAGCAAACACUUACACUGUAGCUGGACAGGCAGUAGUCACGCAAGCUGCGAUGGUAACCCAGCCCAAGGUAGAACCUCAAGAGAAUGGAGACCACAAGGAAGUAAAAGUUAAAGUGGAGCCUAUACCUGCUAUUAGUCAUGCUACAAUAGGAGCUGCUAGUCGUAUCAUUCAGACAUCUCAGACCACACCCUUACAGACAGUUACUAUAGUGCAACAGGCACCUCUAGGUCAACACCAGCUACCAAUAAAAACUGUAACGCAGAACGGAACGCACAUAGUACCUAUCACCACUGCGAUACAAGGACAGGGCAAUGCUGCUGCUGCAAGUCCUUUGCAUAUGUUAGCAACCCAUGCAUCUGCAUCGGCAUCUCUUCCAACAAAGCGGCAGAACGGAGACCAGUCAGAACAGCAGGAACUCAAACGUAUCAAAACGGAAGAUGGAGAGAGCAUAGUCAUAGCUGUUAACGUGGACACCCCAUCUGUGGCAGUGAGUGAUAAAGGCAGCCAGAACUAGAAACUUAGGGGAGUUUUCUUUUUUUUUUUUUUAAAAAAAUAAACUCCAUGGUGCCAAAAGGAGACACUUAAAUAUAACACCUAAAAUGUUGGAACAUGUUCUCACGCAGUGGGGAAAGGGGCCCUGUGAUCAGACUUCAACUUUCAGCACUGAAAAAAAAAACCAACACAGGUGGCCUUAAAACUUGGUAAUUUAAAGUCAAACUGCAAAACAUCUUGUUCCAGAGGCUGUGACCCCCGCUCCUCCCUGCCCCCUACUGAACUGUGUACACUGAGAAAUACAGUGUUGGGGAGGGCUGCAGCUUUAAAAAAAUCUUUAUCAGAUUAUUUUAAGGACUGAGUAUCUCAGUGUAACGGCAGCAUGAUAAGCGCUUAGUGUGAACUGGUUUCAAACGAUUGUAUAUUCCUUAAAGGGAACAGAGGCAAGGAGCCAUUUCCUACAUCUUGGCAGCUAGCCUUUCAUAAUGACCUACCCGAUGCAGUUGUUGGUAGAUAUGCAGUAUUUUGUUGUUCACAUGUGGAAUUAGAAAUUUUUGAGGUGUAUUUUCAUUUCUUUGCAAAAAUAAUGGGGUCUUUGACAUUUCAAAUCACUCCAUUUCUACUCCGGAAACUUUGGAAUCACACAAUACUUUUCAUGUGAAAUUUUGUUUGGUAAAAAACUGAAUGUAGGGUUUUUUUAACCAAUGGAAUGAUUUACUUUUGUCUGUCCUGUUAAAGUUCAGAUAAAGCUACUUUAUUACAUCUGCAAAUUUUCAUAUUUUAGCAGUUGCCUGAUAAAUUUAAUCAAAUUUUAUUACCAUGUGUAGUGAUCAAAUGCUUCUUUGGGCUUGCAUGUAACUGAUUAGAAAUUACAAUGUAAAUGAGCCGUUAACUGACGUAAAGAACUGCUAUGAAUUUGACCAGAGCUGCACUUAUCUGUUUCUCUUUCUGCUACCUUUUGCUGUUUGUUACUUUGUGUUGACUUUGACUGUCCCUGGCAUAUUUUUCCAGUCUAAAGUAAAACAAGAGUCUCGCUUAAUAUUGUGUAUGUUUAAGAUAACAGACUGUUCUUCAUUUAGAAAGAUGAAAUUCUUUAUCACAAGUCCUUUUAAAAAGAGAGUAAAAUUAUCUUGUCAGAGGUAUAUUCGAUAUUUUUAAGCUUAAGCACCCAUCAGUAGAAAUUAAUCUGACCAGUUUCUCCGUAACACUUUUGAUGUCAUACACUGACCUUUUGGGGUCUCCAUUAAGAGUAGCUGUUGUGGUUUUCUAACAGUGGCUACCAUAUUAUUAUUAUAAUAUUUUUUUUAAGUGUGUGUUCUGCAGUUGAACAUUUUAAAAUGUAUUGGUAAUUUCUCACUUUAAUUGUGGUAAUAGAUUCCACUUUACAUUUCAAAAUUAAAUUUAAACGUAAGGCUGCUGUUCAGUCUUUAAUUCACAUAACGUCUUAUUUCCUCAUGCAGUAAGGUGAGUGAAAGCUAGAUAGUUGGCUUAAUUUGAAUCUGAUUUUUUGUCAUUUUCUGUAAUAAUGAUGCAUUAUUUAUAUUUCCUUUCCCGCUACGAAAGGAAAAACUGUAUUUUCAUGGUGGACUGAACAGUUUGGAGUGGUUUAUUUAGGCAGCUUUUGGGAACUAUUUACCUAAAGACCAAAUACGAGAAAUCUGUACAAGUUUUGUGUUCAUCCACAAAAUGGAACUGUUACAAUGUCUCUGCAGAUAAUACAUAUUAAAAAACUACGAAAAAAACUCUACACAAGCUGAAUUUAUAACAGGCAUUUAAAAAAAAGCAUAACCUGAAAAGAAACAUUUCUGUAAAAUUGCAACAUUUUCUUUAGAGGUUUUAAAAAUAAAAAAGUAAAGUUUUAACAUACUUUUUUUAAGAAAAAAAUCCAGUACUAGUAAUUUAAUUUGGUGUUGAAUGAAUUGACUAGAAUGUGGUUUAUUUUCAGAAGUGAGAAUCUGUUCACAACUAGGGCUAGGUGAAUAAUAGUGUAUAAGAUUUUUUAAAUAAAAUUAAAUUUUAUUCAGCAAAUUAACUAAGUUGAAAUUACUCAACAAGUGUGUUUGAAAUAUUUAUGUAUAUAUUGGGGUGAUUAAUCCGAUUUAUGUUGGCAGUGCCGCAGGAAACAGUAUCAGACCAAAGAAGCCAAGGUGAUGAGUUAACGGUAGGGAAUCUGUACGUGGUGCCCUCCUGGGCAGAGGGGGAGAUGAGAAUGUGGCUGGGUCCCGAUGCUGUAACGUGGUGGUGUUUUACACUUUUUGACGCAUGUGGAAUUUGGCACAAGAACGCGCCUUCGUUCAGAUGGAUAAACCCUUUGAAAAAGCCGUGUGAUGUGAGAAAACUGCUAACGGUCUUACAUAAAAAUUACAUACGCUUAUCCAUGCUUUUAGUGAUGCCGAAGAAUGCUCAUGUGGGAUAAUCUCCACUGCUUUUGACUAGUGGAGACUCCUCUGUCUUAUGUGUCAGACCUUACUGAAGCGAGUUGUUGGGUUGUUUCAGCCAGAACUGUUCCCUGGUUUGUCCAUGUAUUUCUGUGCCUCCCGCUAUUAAUACAGUGACGGUUACUGCAUGAUGGCAGAGGCUGAACGGGACUCCUGUCACGCUGCUGCUUCCGAGGUGAUGCUCGUGACCUUUCUUAAAUUGGCCCUAGGCGCCGAUCAUCCUGGACUCCCAUGAUCAAUGUGAUCUUUCUUCUGCAAAUGGAAAAUGUCUUCCGGUGAUUCAUGUGCCUAGAGAUUUGACCUCUCUUUAGGAACUGAUGGAACCUUUCCCGUUACCUUUUGUGUUUUAUGAUGCACGGUAUUAUUUCCUUUUGUGCUCCCUCUGGGCUGCCUGUUCAGUGUUCUUUCUGUUAAGAGGCAGCUUUUGUGUAGACUUUAAAAUUACUUUGAAAAAGACCCAGAAUUCUAACAUACGGAAGACCUAAGCGUGCAUUUGCGUCCAGUGACGGAAGCGUUCAUCUCCACUGCCAGCGUGUUCUGUCCUCCUUGCAUGAGAUCCCUCUCCCUGUCCUUACGCCAGCUUUGUUUUUGAUGCAGCUGCGUGUGGCAGCGGCCCCGUGUCCCAGAAGGUUUGGGAAGGCAGCAGCACAGUCUCUGGGGUGGUGGGAUAUUCUUACCUUUGGACAGAACAGUCCUGCCUCCGUGCUGGCCGCUGUAGCAGCAGCCGUAGGGGUAUGGCAUGGUCCAGAAAGUGACACCGAGUCUUCAGAACAGAGGGGACUGUGGAUGGAGUGGUGUGAAGGUCUAAUUCUUUUUGAUCGGUGUGCUUAGUCUCAGUUCUGAGCUGCUGCUUCCCCCUGCCCACGUUACGACGUAUUUACCACAAUAGUAGCGGUCUUUAUGAUGCCAUUUUUAAUUGAGCCAAUUUAGGUGAAUACCUGUACUGUGCUAAUUCCAAAAGAUACAAAAGCACUUCUGCUUCAUAAACCACUUGACAGUACAGAUUGCUGUACAGGAGGCAAAACUGGGAAGCCUUUGCCUUUACUUGCAUGGUUGUUACAAUACAGGUUUAUUUUAAAAUGCUGGUUUUUAGAAUUACUUAAAUCCAAAAGUGGAACUUGAAGUUUCAGCGAUCUGUGCUUCAUAUCUUGAUUUAAUUUUCCCCCAAAAGGUAAUUUUGAGGGGUUGGUAGUCAUUAAUACAGGUUGUGAUUCUAUAUAGCGUGUGAUUUUAUAUAUAUAUAUCUAU